UUGGAGACUACUUUCUUUUUUCUCUCUAAUUCAAAGAUUCUUUUCCAGACGUCCGUGAAGAGUGCAGCUUCAGAUGCUUCACACAAGGCGCACGAAGUUGGGAAGCCUGCUGAGGGCGCAACGUCAGAAGCAAUCGCUGAGGCGAAAUCGGCGCUAACUGAAGCUUGUGACGCAAUUCAGGAACGAGCUACGGCCAUUGUUGAAGAAGUGAAACGUGUCGCCGACCCUUCACCUGAAUCUCCAGAGAAAGUUCCAGGGCCGAUCGCCGACGGAAUCGCCAAGACGGUUACGGAAGAAGCAGUGAUGGAAGCAGCGAAGGAGCAAGCGGCCAGUUCAAAAGUUGCUGGAGCAGUUGAUGAGGUUGCCGGCGCGGAAGUACCAGAGGUGGGUAGAUUUGGCCGUGGUGCUCCAUUAGUGCUCAGUAUAGAUCAGGUCUAA